CCGUAGAAAAAAGGCGCAUGCCCAAAAGAAGUGACGUAACUCCCGUCCGCUGUUCCCAUUGCACCUCCCGCCUGAGCAGACGGCAGCGCAUCGGUCAGCGCUUAGCUCUGUCCUUUACACACUUUAUGUUGUAUUAACUUAAUAUAUAUUUUUGAGGGGACUCCGGACGAAUUGCGCCAUUUUAAAGUGUCCACUUUGACGGAUUCACCUGAUCUGAUUAACACCGCCGAAGAAGAAGAAGAAGAAGAGGAGGAGGAGGAGUGACGUUAAAGCUGUCAGCUGAUCCCAGGACAGUCUGGAUAUGAACUCUGUCAUCACCUUCACUACAGAUCCAGUUUUACUGCUGUAGACUGAGACAGGGACAUCUGUGAGAUCAGUGACAGACAGACAGACAGACAGACAGACAGACAGGUACCUGGCUGCAGGGUCCAGAUGGGGAACAGUGCGCUGAAGUCUCACCUGGAAACUUCCCAGAAGACCGGGGUGUUCCAGCUGACAGCGAAGGGGCUGCAGGAGUUUCCAGAGGAGCUGCAGAGACUCACUGGGAACCUGCGGACGGUGGAUCUGUCCGGGAACAAAAUCGAGGUUCUUCCCGCUGGCAUCGGAAACUUCCUGCACCUCAAGAGUCUGACGCUGAACUCCAACAGACUCACCUGCCUCCCCAAUGAGAUCUCGAAGCUGAAGAAGCUGGAGACUCUGAGUCUGAAUGGGAACCGGAUCCAGCAGCUGCCCCCCACCCUGGGCCAGCUCAAAGCUCUGCGGACCCUCAACUUGUCAGGGAACCAGAUCUCAGAGUUCCCUUCCGGACUGGGAAGUCUGAGGCAUCUGGACCUGCUCGACCUGUCCCGCAACCAGAUCCAGAAUGUCCCCACAGAGGUGUCAGAGCUGCAGGCCAUUGAGAUCAACCUCAACCAGAACCAGAUCUCUGUCCUGUCAGCAGGGGUGUCCCUGUGUCCUCGUCUGAAGGUCCUCCGUCUGGAGGAGAACUGCCUGGAGCUGUCCUCCAUCCCUCAGUCCAUCCUGAAGGACUCCCAGGUGUCUCUGUUCUCUCUGGAGGGAAACCUGUUUGAGGUGAAGACGCUCAGAGACCUGGAAGGAUACGACAAGUACAUGGAGCGUUUCACAGCGACCAAGAAGAAGUUUGCCUGAAGACACCUGAUGACGAGUCCAAACCUCAGUGUCACCUGGAGGCGGGGCCAUCUGAGACUCCACCCACCACAGCCACUGCUGUCUUCUUGUUCUGCUGCUAAAAAACAGACCUCACACAGUGUCCCCCUAUCCGGUUGCCAGACUGCAAACUAAGACUAAGGGGACAUCAGUCAAACACCAGGACCUGCUGCUUCCAGUCUGAAUCAUUUAACCUGCAGAGAGUUUUCAGAUGGACGAAUUCGAAACGGAUUCAACACAAGACAAGAAGAAAUGUGUUUGAUGUUUGAUCAUCACUGUGUCUCCAGCAGAGUCUCAGGAACAGAAACAUUAAGAUUAACAGAUUGUUAAUUAAUCCUCUAAUCUUUAACUUUAAUGUUUGUCUCUUUAAAUUAUUAUUUUCUUUGAAGAUUCAUCUGAACGUCUUAGCAGGAAACUUAAGAACUAUAAGCUCAAAUGUUUGGCGAAGCUCAGAACAGUUUAUGAAGAUGAAAACCUGUGUGGCUCCAGAAGACGUUUACGGGUUUAAUGAACGUUAAUCCUUCGGCCCAACACUAAAAAUUCAGGAGCUCAUUUCAACCAGGAAAGAAGGAAAGAAAUCAAAUGAGAGCAGAAAUAGAAAAUUAUGCAGUUUAAUCAGAAAAAUAUCCAAACAAUCUCUGAUUCCAGCGUCUUAAAUAUGAAUCAUGUUGUCAAGUUUCACAUCAGAAAAGUUUCUUGAAAUGAAAAGUUCAUCCUGAGGGUUUGUCAUUUUCUCUUAAGGGAAGAGUAAAACACUUUUUUCUGAAUAAGUCAGGACAUAGCGAACACUGAAGUCACAUGACUGAUCAGCUGUUUCCUCAUGGCUCCCAUAGCUCCAUAAUCCAUCUACGAUGGCACGAGAACAUUCAUUCACAUUUUAUUUUGACAAAUUACUUGAAGUUUGCAACACAUUUAGAUCAAUGAAAACACGUCUGCUUAAUUUUGGAAAUAAAACAUAAAGAAAGGCAACUAAAUGUGCAUGAAACUAAAUGUAAUUUAUUACAGUUCUGAUCCUGGAUUUGUUUAUUGAACAUUAUGGUAAACAACUUUAACAUUUCCUCACACAAGAAAAUAUUAAAAUUCACAUUUCGAUUCCUGUUUAUCAAACAGCAAGAUCAUUUCUGCUGUUUUUGUCACAAAUUGAUGUGAUGUCAUCAAAUGUCACAUUCUGUUAAAGCUGUUCGACUCCCUCUGAUUAUUUUCAUGUUUAGUUUUCCUCCUGGUGGAAAUGACAGUAUUAAUAUUUGACUGGGAGGUUCCGUUCAAGUACAUUGACUCAUAAAUGUUCUUUUAUGUAUUUCAUGUGGAGAGGAGUUUGUUUUGUCUGUGUAAGUGUAGUAACCAAUGUUCAGUCAGAAGGAAACUUGAAGGUUGUGUUACAGUUCGCAUCAUUUCACAUGAACAAUUCACCAUGAACGCGUCGGACUGUUGAUUGGACACUAACUCACUAACUCACUUCCUGUCCACUGCAUGUUUGAAGGACACUUUUGGAGUUCUGUGAGUGUGGACUGCACACAAAUAUAUUUAGAUUCUG